UUUGAAACGAGACUCGUCGGGCUACAACAAUGCCGCUUGAGCUGAGCCACAUUUCAAGUGUCUGUUUCAUUUGUACUCUGUUUUAUAUUUUUCUUAAUGCCCACAGCAUUUCUCUCACUGCACAUACAUACGUGCUCUCUUUGUGCCGCCGCUUGCAUGCGCUACGCACACGCUCUCAACGCUCAUGUUGGUGGUGGCGCGCAGCUUGAAUUUACCCUGACGAGCUCGACUUGGCCGCCGCGCGCUCAUAAUAGUUUGUGACGCGAAGUGAGUAGUGUUUAUUGUGUUCGUUUGCCGGAUGGACGGUUGUAGUUGAUGAUGGCGACGGUUUGAAUAAAAAUACAAUUUCAAACAACAACAACAAACAAAUACUGCACUGCAUUGUAGUACUGCAAUAACAAAACAGUGAAUGUGCAUGCAAUUUUCGAGUGCAGCAGAUUUGUGUUAACGCGUUUAAAAAAGCAAAAGCUAAUUUGUGAAUUUACAAUUGAAAUUGCAAAAAAAUAAAAAGAAUUUAGUGAAACUGCAUAGAAUUGCAAAUAAAUCCGUGUACAAGAUAUACAAUUUGUUUGUGUACAUUAUAGCGGAGAGUGAAAUGCAGCUGCAGGCGACCAUCAGCACCUUCCAUUAGCAUUACAGCAUCGUCAGCGCAUAGCGAAAGCAUCAGCGCCGUCGUCGCCGCUUGCUAACAAAAAUGUUGUUCGUCCAUGUAAUAGCCGCUCGAGCUUGUCUCAUGGGUCGCGUUGGAAUUUAAUUAAAAUUAAAUUCAUCCGGUUAAACGAUACCAAGCUUUGGUUAAUUCUGCACUUGAAAAACAAAUAAGAAAAAACGAAAACAACGGAAGAUCGGCUAAAACGAGUAUGUUACCGAAAAUCAACGAGUAAUAUUGAACGAAAAUUGUUGUAAGAUAAAGGAAACGACUGUAUAAAAGAAAUAAAAUUAAAAAGUGGGUGAUGUAAAGUGAAGAAAGCCUAAGCAUAGGCAUGUAAAUGUAGGAAGCAACAAAUUAAAGGAAUGAAAAAUAAAUAUUGGAGUAAAGCAGUGUGCACGGUGUACGCAUACACUACCUUUUUUGAUACUAGAAGGAUAAUAUAAUAUCCCAGAUAAUUUGCAAGUAUUAUUGAAUUUUGAUAUGGCAAAAUAUAUGUACAUAGAUAUGUAUCUGUAGUGAAAAGUGUCAAAAAGCAAAGCGCAAUUGAAUGAUUUUCAAAUAAUAGCAUAUCUUUUCCAAUUUAAAGUACUAAAACAAAUUUUUACAUUAAAACUCAAAAAUUUUGUAAAAAUCAAUUAGUUCAAAAAGAAAACAAAUUAAAAAAAGUAUCUCAAACAAUUUUUGAAGCUUACACUGCUAACAAUUCAUGUCUUAAAGUGGAGUUAAAAAAAAAUAAAAUAAAUAAAUAAAAUAAAAAUCAAAUUAUUAUUGAGCAUAAAUAAGCAACCGAUUCGAAAGAAAUAUGUAUUUAAAAUUUGUGUAAUUUAAAAGAAAAUAUUUGAGUUUCAUGAAAAAUUUUAUCAUUACAAGACUUCAAAGCGGUACUUUCAUCAUAAGUGCGGCAACGCAUGCGCUUUGGUGUACUCAUUAAAACUUUUAGAAGUUUGAUUCGUCAAGCAUUCCAAAAAGAGCGAAGCAUUUAGAAAAUUUUCGUUUCACGGGCAAGUUAUACAAAACUGGAUUAUCAAAAUGUGGCUGUUGAUCAACAACAACACAUUUCCCAAAUCGGAUAUAUUUUGGAUAAAAUUGCUUAUCAGUCUGCUGCUGAUUUGUGGGUUUAUUGGCGGCGGCAAUGCAGCGGGCUCUUCAUGCUUAUCUGUGGGUUGUAAAAAUGGCGGCACGUGCAUUACACAAAGCAAUGGACACUCCUUUUGCAAUUGCAGCUCACGCUAUGUCGGCGAAUAUUGUGAACAUCUGAAUCCUUGCUUUACCGGUUUGCUGCGCUGUCAGAAUGGCGGCACCUGUCAACCCUCAUAUCGUAAUGAUCGCCUUAGCAUCUCUUGCAUAUGUCCGCUCGGCUUUACCGAGUCUUUAUGCGAGAUACGUGUGCCGAAUGCCUGUGAUUCAUCGCCUUGCCGUAAUGGCGGUUCUUGUAACCUCAAAACAUUGGAAGAUUACAGUUGUUCCUGCAUGAAUGGCUAUACAGGUGAAUACUGCGAGACUCAGAAUCUCUGUGCCACAUCACCCUGCCACAACGGUGGAACCUGCACCUCCGUUGCCGGCGGCAAUAGUUUCAAAUGCAUAUGCCCGAAAGGUUUUAAAGGGCAAACCUGUGCUGAAGAUGUGAUCGAGUGUGAGGCGAAUCCGUGCAAACAUGGCGGCACCUGCAAAAAUACACAUGGCUCCUAUCAAUGCAUGUGUCCAGGCGGCUAUACUGGCAAAAAUUGCGAAUCCAAGUACAUUCCGUGUGCGCCAUCGCCGUGUCAGAAUGGCGGCACCUGUCGUCAAUCGAAUGGUCUAAUGUACGAGUGCAAGUGCCCAUCUGGCUUUCGUGGCAAGGAUUGUGAAGAAAACAUCGAUGACUGUCCAGGAAAUUUAUGCCAGAACGGCGGUACUUGCGUGGAUGGCAUUAAUACAUACCGUUGUACCUGCCCGCCAAACUUUACCGGAGAACUGUGUGAAGAAGAUGUGGAUGAGUGCGCGAUGAGACCUUCGGUUUGUCAGAAUGGCGCGACUUGCACCAAUACCCACGGCAAUUAUUCCUGCAUCUGCGUGAAUGGCUGGGAGGGUAGAGAUUGCAGCGAUAAUGUUGACGACUGUGUAGCAGCCGCCUGUUUCAACUCCGCCACUUGCAUAGAUGGAGUGGGAUCUUUCUAUUGCCGUUGCACACCCGGCAAGACGGGUCUGCUAUGCCAUUUGGAUGAUGCCUGUACGUCAAACCCGUGUCACAAGGAUGCAAUAUGUGACACUAGCCCCAUUAAUGGUUCUUACACUUGUUCCUGUGCUACCGGCUAUAAGGGUGUAGAUUGUUCGGAGGAUAUUGAUGAGUGUGAUCAAGGUUCACCUUGUGAGCAUAACGGUAUCUGUGUGAAUACACCCGGUUCGUUUAGAUGUAAUUGCUCGCAGGGUUUUACGGGUCCACGUUGUGAGACGAAUAUAAAUGAGUGCGAAUCACAUCCUUGUCAGAAUGAGGGUAGUUGUUUGGAUGAUCCCGGCACUUUUCGUUGUGUCUGUAUGCCCGGUUUUGCUGGCACACAGUGCGAAAUCGAUAUUGAUGAAUGUCAAUCGAAUCCCUGCUUAAACGGUGCCACCUGCCACGAUAUGAUUAACGGAUUUAAAUGUUCCUGUGCGCUCGGGUUUGCGGGCACACGUUGCCAGAUCAAUAUAGAUGAUUGCCAGUCGCAACCUUGUCGUAAUAAUGGUAUAUGUCACGAUUCCAUAGCCGGUUAUACGUGUGAGUGUCCGCCUGGUUAUACGGGCACAUCUUGUCAGAUUAACAUCAAUGAUUGUGAUUCCAAUCCCUGCCAUCGUGGAAAGUGCAUCGAUGGUGAUAACUCCUUCAAGUGCGUCUGCGAUCCGGGCUUCACCGGUUACCUUUGCCAAACGCAAAUCAACGAAUGUGAGUCCAAUCCUUGUCAGUUUGGUGGACAUUGUAUCGAUCGCGUCGGUUCGUACCUCUGUAAGUGUCUACCGGGCACAUCGGGAAAGAACUGUGAAAUCAAUGUGAAUGAGUGUCACAGCAAUCCGUGCAACAAUGGUGCCACCUGUAUUGACGGCAUCAAUAAAUACACCUGCGAAUGUGUGCCUGGCUUUACUGGACUGCAUUGUGAGAUUAACAUCAAUGAAUGCGCCUCGAAUCCUUGCGCCAAUAAUGGCGUCUGCAUGGACAUGGUUAACGGCUAUAAAUGCGAAUGCCCACGCGGCUUCUAUGAUGCGCGCUGUCUUAGUGAUGUGGACGAGUGUGCAUCGAACCCAUGUAUUAAUAGCGGUCGUUGUGAGGAUGGCAUUAACGAGUUUAUCUGCCAUUGCCCACCGGGAUAUGGUGGCAAGCGCUGUGAGAUUGAUAUCGAUGAGUGUAGUUCCAAUCCGUGUCAACAUGGUGGCAUUUGUAUUGACCAACUCAAUUCCUUCCAGUGCCAAUGUAUGCCCGGUUAUACGGGGUAUCGUUGUGAAACAAAUAUUGACGACUGCAUGAUAAAUCCGUGCGUAAAUGGAGGUUCUUGCAUUGACCUGGUAAAUGGCUAUAAGUGCGUUUGUAAAGUACCGUUCACAGGCAGGGAUUGCGAGUCCAAAAUGGAUCCUUGCUCGACGCACCGCUGCCGUAACGACGCAAAAUGCACGCCUUCGCCGAACUUUCUGGAUUUCUCUUGCACCUGUAAGCUUGGCUAUACUGGACGUUAUUGUGAUGAGGACAUCGAUGAAUGUGCGCUCUCUUCGCCCUGUCGGAAUGGUGCGACCUGCUUAAAUGUUCCGGGUACAUAUAAGUGCCUCUGUGCGAAAGGUUAUGAGGGCCGCGACUGUGCCAUCAAUACCGACGAUUGUGCUUCUUUCCCAUGUCAGAAUGGCGGUACUUGCUUAGAUGGCAUUGGAGACUACACAUGCCUCUGCGUAGAUGGUUUCGAUGGCAAACAUUGCGAAACGGACAUUAAUGAAUGCUUGAGUUUACCCUGUCAGAAUGGUGCUACAUGUCACCAGUAUGUAAACUCCUAUACCUGCACAUGUCCGCUCGGCUUCUCGGGCAUCAAUUGUCAAACGAACGAUGAAGAUUGCACAGAGAGUUCGUGCAUGAAUGGUGGCACGUGUAUUGACGGGAUUAACAGCUACAACUGCUCAUGUCUACCAGCUUUCACUGGCUCUAAUUGUCAGUAUAAGAUCAAUAAGUGCGACUCGCAGCCCUGUCAGAAUGGCGCCACGUGUCACGAGAGUGGUGAUGAGUAUACAUGCCACUGCCCACAUGGUUAUACGGGCAAACAGUGUACGGAAUAUGUAGACUGGUGCUCUCAGUCGCCCUGUGAGAAUGGAGCCACUUGCUCACAGAUCAAGAACCAAUAUAAUUGCAAGUGUGACGCCGGCUGGACGGGUAAACUUUGUGAUGUGGAGAUGGUUUCCUGCGAAGUGGCAGCUAUGCGUAAACAAGUGGGUCUAAAACAGCUGUGCAACAAUGGUACAUGCAAAGAGAUGGGCAAUAUGCAUUUGUGUCUCUGCAAGCAAGGCUACACAGGCAGUUACUGUCAAACGGAUAUCAACGAGUGUGAGUCACAACCUUGUCAAAAUGGCGGCACUUGCUUAGAUCGUGUGGGCGAGUACAAAUGCAUUUGUCCAAAGGGUUUCCAAGGACAGAACUGUGAAUUAAAUAUCGAUGACUGCUCGCCGAAUCCUUGUCAGAAUGGCGGUACUUGCCACGAUUUGGUGCAAUCCUUCAGCUGCUCCUGCCCACCGGGUACAUUGGGUAUUAUCUGCGAGAUUAAUCAGGAAGAUUGCGUUGCAGGCGCUUGCCACAACAACGGCACCUGUAUUGAUCGUGUUGGAGGCUUUGAGUGCGCAUGUCCAGCUGGUUUUGUAGGCUCUCGUUGCGAGGGCGACAUCAAUGAGUGUCUUUCAAAUCCUUGUUCGAAUGCGGGUACUUUGGACUGUGUGCAGCUGGUGAACAACUAUCAUUGCAACUGCAAACCUGGUUAUAUGGGACGUCAUUGCGAAAUUAAAGUCGACUUUUGCGCCAACUCGCCAUGUCAAAAUGGCGGCAUUUGUUCAACGAAGCAGUCGGGACAUCACUGUGUCUGUCCAGUCGGGUUCUACGGCAAAAAUUGCGAAUUCUCUGGCAACGAUUGUGACUCAAAUCCCUGUCAAGCGGGCAACUGCGUGGUGGAUGUGAUACGCGGCUACCGUUGCGAGUGCCCGCCUGGCACCGAGGGUGUGCAGUGCGAAAUCGACACUUUGGAUGAGUGCGCUUCAAAUCCAUGUCUACAGGGUGCUGCAUGCGAGAACUUACUUGGCGAUUUUGUGUGUUUCUGUCCCAGCAAAUGGUCAGGCAAACGUUGUGAAAUUUACGAUGCUAAUUACCCCGGCUGGGCUUCGGAUACCAGCCGUGGUCCGCUUAACAAAUACACGAAAGACUUGGAAUACCAACGUGAAAUGUGCAUCAAACGUGGUUGUGAACAAAAAAAGGGAAAUCAUAAAUGUGAUCAAGAGUGCAACACCUACGCUUGUAACUUCGAUGGAAACGACUGUUCGCUGGGCAUCAAUCCCUGGGUGAAUUGUAGCGCCAAGAUCGAAUGUUGGCUCGUCUUUAUGGAUGGACAGUGCAAUGAGGAGUGUAAUAAUGCGGCUUGUCUCUUCGAUGGUCGCGACUGUGCGAAGAAACUACAGCCAUGCAAUCCGACUUAUGAAGCUUAUUGUCAGAAACACUACGCUGACGGACACUGCGAUUAUGGCUGCAACAACGCCGAAUGCAACUGGGAUGGUCUAGAUUGUGAAAAUAACCUCGAGCAACCGAAUCUAGCUGAUGGUGCCAUCUCAGUGGUAAUGUUGAUGGACGUAAAAACAUUCCAUGAGAAACAAGUCGAGUUCUUACGUGAAAUGGGUCAUGUAUUGCGCACCACUGUACGCGUCAAAAAGGAUUCGAUGGGUAAUGACAUGAUCUUCACCUGGAAGGGCACCUCACACUUGACCGAUCUAGAGAAUUCGGAGUUCGGGCGCAAGCACCGCAUAAUCUCAACAGAGCGUAAUGAUCAAACGGGCAUACAAAUCUAUCUGGAAAUCGAUAAUCGCAAGUGCAUUGAUUGUUUUAACCGCGCCGCCGAAGCAGCUGAGUUCCUAGCGGCUUCCGCUGCCAAAUACACGCUUUCACCAAAAUUCCAGAUAUAUAGCGUGCGUGGAGUACAGAAUCCUGGCGAAGAUGUAGAGGAACGUCCAAGUAACGUGAAAUAUGUGCUUAUCGGCAUCAGUAUUGUAGUGUUCGCAUUCCUCGGCGUACUGGUAACUACGCAACGUAAACGUGCGCAUGGCAUUACCUGGUUCCCAGAAAAUUUCCGCACCACCACCGCUACAGCCGUGAAUCAUCAACGCCGUCGACGUGAUACUGGACAAGAGAUGCGUAAUUUGAAUAAGAAUCCCUCGAUCGCCUGCAUGAGCAACGAUGUUAACAUGAAUUCUGGUCAUAUGGGUCAUGCGCCACAAUGGUCGGAUGACGAAUCCGAAUUACCACCACAAAAACGCAUGCGCAACGAGCACGGUGGUUAUGCUAGUGAUCACACAAUGGUAACCGAUUAUGAGGAAGCUGAUCCACGCGUCUGGUCGCAAGCGCAUCUUGAGGUAGCGGAUGUACGUUCAUCCAUUAUGACGCCACCGGCACAUCAAGAUGGCAAACACGAUGUGGAUGUGCGCGGACCAUGUGGCAUGACACCACUUAUGGUGGCGGCCGUGCGCGGUGGUGGUUUGGAUUCGGGUGAAGACAUAGAGAACUCUGACGAUCAAACAGCGCAAGUGAUUUCGGAUUUGCUGGCACAGGGUGCUGAGCUCAACGCCACGAUGGAUAAAACUGGAGAAACCUCACUACAUUUAGCUGCACGUUAUGCGCGCGCUGACGCUGCUAAGCGUUUACUGGAUGCUGGCGCUGAUGCCAACUGUCAAGAUAAUACUGGACGUACACCACUGCAUGCCGCUGUAGCUGCCGAUGCAAUGGGCGUUUUCCAAAUAUUACUACGUAAUCGCGCUACCAACUUAAACGCACGCAUGCAUGAUGGCACCACACCGCUGAUACUCGCCGCACGCUUAGCCAUCGAGGGUAUGGUUGAGGACUUAAUCACUGCCGAUGCGGAUAUAAAUGCAGCUGAUAAUUCUGGAAAGACAGCGUUACACUGGGCCGCCGCAGUCAAUAAUACCGAAGCUGUGAAUAUACUACUUAUGCAUCAUGCCAAUCGCGACGCACAAGACGACAAAGAUGAAACACCACUCUUUCUGGCGGCACGUGAAGGCUCCUAUGAAGCCUGCAAAGCGUUAUUGGAUAACUUCGCCAAUCGCGAAAUUACCGAUCACAUGGAUCGUUUGCCACGUGAUGUUGCUUCCGAACGCCUACACCACGACAUCGUUAUACUUUUGGACGAACAUGUACCACGCUCACCACAAAUGAUGGCCAUGACACCACAGACAAUGAUCGGUUCACCGCCACCCGGCAGUCAAGCGCAAAUAAUCUCACAGCCUACUGUCAUUUCAUCGUCAAAACAGUCCGCACAAACAACAAAAUCGAAAGCGGCGAAAAAAGCAAAGCUAUUGGAAGGCAGCCCGGACAAUUUACUCGAGGGCGGCGGCAGUUUACGACGCAAACCGGGCUCAAAAAAGGGGACAGGGGGCUCGGUGUCAAAAAAGGGCGGACAAAACGGCCUUACGGCAGCACAACUGCUGAAUGGCUUGGGUGGUGGACUGACAGCGCACGGCCAGGGGCUGGAGGGAGUGGACCAACAGCAACUGCUGGAUGCCGGUCUCAGUGCGGUGGACUCGCCCCCACUGUCGGGCCUAACAAGCCAACCGAGCCCAUACGACACGUCGUCCCUGUACUCGAACGCGAUGGCAGCGCCAACACAUCACCACAACGAUCUGCUGGGCAACAGCAACGGCGCGAAACAACCACCCAGUUAUGAAGACUGCAUAAAAAAUGCGCAGACAAUGCAAAGUUUAGUGCAACAACAGCAACAGCAGCAGCAGCAACAGCAAAAUAAUAUGGAUUUAAUUAAAAUGGAGAAUUACGUGUACUCGCGUGGUUCGCCCUUUCAUCAGGAAAUGAUCAAUCAGAAGGGCAACAAUCAGCAAAGCAUGAACUCGCUUUGCGGCGGCGGAGGUGGUGGUGGCCCCGGCAAUCUCGGUCACAAUGGUCCUGGCAAUAUGGGCAACCACGAGCAGGGGCUGAGUCCGCCCUACUCCAAUCAAUCGCCGCCACAUUCCGUGCAGAGCAGCAUGGCGCUGUCGCCGCACGCCUACCUUGGCUCACCAUCGCCCGUGAAAUCGCAUCCCAGCCUGCCCACCUCGCCUACACACAUGCAGGCCAUGCGACACGCCACGCACCAGAAGCAGUUCGGCAAUAAUGUGAACUCGCUGCUCGGUGGCGCUGUGAACAACGCGAACAGCAAUUCUACGAACGGGCCACAGAGUAAUGCGUCGAUGAAUUCGCCGCAGAGCAUGAGUUUUCAAUCGCCCAGCAGUCAGAGUUUAUCGCAACAGAAUUCACCGGUGAGUGUGGGCAUUGUCUCGCCAACCGGUAGUGAUGGCAUGAUGAUGGCGCCACAACAAACACAGCAACAGCAGCAACAACAACAGCUGCAGCAACAACAACAACAACAUCAGCAGCAUCAACAACAGAAUUCGAAAAGUAGUGCAAUAAUGCAAACAAUGCAACAACAUCAGCAACAGCUUGGCAGCCUUGAUUUCGGCUCGGCCGGUUUGGACUUGAACGGCUUUUGCGGCUCACCAGAUUCAUUUCACUCCGGCCAAAUGAAUCCGCCUUCGAUACAGAGCACUGUGUCGGGCUCCUCGCCCGCCACGAACAUGCUCUCGCCAUCCUCCCAGCACAAUCAGGCCUUCUACCAGUAUUUGACGCCGACGAGUCAGCAUUCCGGUGGCCUCACACCGCAACAUCUGGUGCAAACGCUCGAUAGCUACCCCACGCCCUCACCCGAAUCGCCCGGUCAUUGGUCGAGCUCAUCGCCACGCUCUACAUCGGACUGGUCGGAGGGUGUGCAAUCGCCAGCGGGCAAUAAUCUCUACAUCUCCGGUGGACAUCAGGCCAACAAGGGUUCGGAGGCGAUUUACAUUUGACAAUAAGCACGGGGGACAGCGGUAAACGCUGCUGCUGUGUUUCGACGUGCACCAAUGUGAGCGCGUGUGUGUGUUGUGUAAACAUUCUCUAGAAUCCUACCAUUAACUUUAUACAUACAGACAUACAUUUAUAGAAAUCUACAUAUAUAUAUCUAUAGUAUAGUAGCAUGUAGUUUUGUACAAAACAAAAUACGAAAAUGUGCGAGUGCUGAACGCGUGUAAAAAGUUAAAAAUUAUUAACAAAAAAAUAUUACUUAUAUUAUUGCAUAAAUAUUUAAACGAGCAGAGAACGAACGAACUGAAAGCAAAUGUGGUGUCGAUGUGGUGCUUGCGGCGCGCUUUAACAAUAUAGGUACAUACAAACAUAUGUAGUUAUUAUUAUUAUUAUUAUUGUUGUUGUAUGUUGACACGCAUAGGCGCGACACCCGGCUGCAUGGAGACUUAGAUGCUUCCUUUUCAAAAAAGGAAGUCAGCCAUAUUUUUUAAGUAUGUAUUUUUUAACCAUACAUAUAUAAUACAUACUACACACCUACUAUAAAAAUAUCGUUUACACAUAAUUAUACAGCUAUAAAGCGAAUAUCUAAAUGCGCUCGUCUGUGGUGAGGCUUUAAAGCGUGCUAUGAUCUAAGAGCUGCGGUGCCUAUUGUAAAUUAUUAAUAUUAUUAAAGGUCUAAUAUACCCACAAGCAUAUUAAUGUGAACAGCAUCUAGCAAACGAUCAAAAAUGCCUAAACAUAAAUUCGUUUAAGCUUUUCCUGCACUAUAAAUAUGCGUACACACUACUACAUACUCGUACAUAGCAUACAAGUAAAUAAUUCGCUUGUAAUAGACAUACAUACAUAAUUACAUACCGAUAUUUAAAACAAGUAUAUCAAAAAAUCAGCUGCAAAAAAGAAACUCACAAUCGAAUCUCCUACCAGAGUAGUAAAUACAUAAAAAUAAAUAUACAUACAUAUAUGUAUAUAUGCAUAGUUAUAUGCAUACAAAUUAGUUAUACACACACAUACAUAUAUAUUGUAUAUGUAGUGCAAAAAACAUCAUACUUUUAAUAUGUAUACAGAAAAUAGUACCGUUAUAAUAUUAUGCGCACUGUGAAUAGCGACGAAAUUGAGAAGACGAACGAAAAGUUAUGGUGUUUUUUAAAUGUUAUAAUGCGUGUUGUUGUGGUAUAGAGAUUUUAUUUGCGAAGUAAUUGAAAUGUAAAAUAUUCGUUUUUGUUGGUGAGGAGCUUAAAACUGAACUUUGAAACUUCGUUGUGGAACAUCAAUCAGCAUAAACUUAAUUUAAUAUUAUUUUGCAUAUAUUUUUUAUUGCUUUAGUGACCUACUAGGUAAAAAAAUAAUAUUUUGUUAUUUAGAAAAUGAUCAAAAGUACAUUAUAACCUAAAAAGUUGAAUUAUGCUAGAAUUGCAGAAUCUCUGUUGUACUCAAUGUUAUUGUAGUUGAGUGACUAAAAAUAUUUCCCAAGAACUCUAGUGAAAAACUGCCGCUUGGUAGCCUUUGGCCGUA